ACUACAGAUUAGUGCAUACUGGAGCGAGUAGGAGCAUGUUGAGGCAAACCUUGUGUGUACACUUUUCUAACCUGACAAAAUUCUACUGAAUUUCACAAACAACUAAGUCAUUAAAUUUUUAGCUGGAGUCUAAAUAAGAGAGAACAAACGACAUGAAUAUAAUAAUAAAUAACUGUAAGCAGACAAUAAAGAUAACUACAAAUUUAUUGAAAAAUAGUAGUGACCUUUCGAGAAGAUAUGCCACUUCUAUAGCUGACUACAAAAUCACUUGGGUACGACCAGAGAAAGUCUCGCCUAUAUUGCCUGAGAAAUCUGGCGAUAUGGGAAUAAAUAUUGAAAUAAAGCCAUCUGAUCUUUGCGAAAUGUACAGCGAAUCUCCUGAAAUAAAAGAUGCUAGCAAUAUUGUCAAAAAGAUGUUUACAUUACAAUAUUUACCAAAUAAAGAAACAAUCAGGACUAGAAGAAAUAAGAUUAUGAAAUUGGUCCACAGAUAUGAAUCAGAUCGGAAAUCGCCGGAAGCUAUAAUUGCUUUUGCGACCAGCGAAAUAUUACGAGGGCAAGAAUAUUUGGAAAAACAUCCCAGGAAUUCACGUGCAAAAACUUAUGUGAAAGAAAUGAUUGAUAAACGGAAAAAAUGGCUGUCAAACUUGCGAAAAUGGGAUUAUAGACGUUUUGAAUGGAUCUUGGAAAAACUCAAUCUUGUUUAUAAACCAAUACCCAGCGGACCAACACAGAUUACCAGGAAAGAGUCUUUUACACGACUAACGGAGAAAUAUUGCGACAAAAUCGUACAAGAUAAACUAACCGCAUACAAAAAAGAAUUGGAAGACUUACAGAAGGAUUUUUACAAAGAAAAAGCGGAGAAGCUUGCAUUUAUUAGAGAGGAAGAAUUAGCGUGUGGGUUGCCACCGUCGGUAUCUGAAGAGGAUAUUGAAUAUGUCAAACAAAAAGCAAAAGAAUGUCAAAUGUAAUAUAUAUGUUUAUGUAAUUCUAAUUUAGCAAUAAAACGAGUUUACAUCAUCAUUA